GGUCUUUUGUGCCGAGCAAGAAAAUUAUUCUCUUCCCCUGGAACCAAACUGGACCCGCUAUGUAUACCUCUUCCAAUUAGCUUCGAGUUCUCCGUGGCAAUGACUUCAAUGAAUGUCAUGUGUACCUCUAUAUCCGUCUUCUUCCCCUCCUCUAACUCUUUACUGAAUCAUCUACAAACCUCUACAACCCCGUCAUUUUGGCGGUGCCAAGCAUGGCGGAGGUGUUUGCUCUCGUAUCCACUACUGUAUCUAUUGCGUUCCAGGUGAAAACUAUCAUCGAGCAGAUUAAAUACAAUCGGGAGGCCCAUCGCCUGCUGGUCAAUCGCAUCACAAGUUCGUUGAGGCAGUUAAAGGCCGAGUCAAGAAAGAUCACGAAGUCAUCUCCGGAAUUGAUAAUCGUGGUCAACAAGCUGAAAACCAAUCUCCAAAGAAUCCUGGACAAGUGUCUGGAAUCUACAAGCCCCACUUCUGGGCUCCGUGUGAAGUUGAAAGAGUGGUUUUUGAAAGACUCGAUCGCAUCAGCUCUCCAGGAGGUAGAAACGCAGAUUUCAUAUUGUUUCCAGGAAUUCGGCGCACUAGGCACUAUUCGAAUUGAGCGCAAACUCGGAGAUCACAGUGUACAAAUCAAUCGUAAACUGGACGAAUUACUCCGAAGGACACAAGUCCGUAAUAGCAUUAAUAACGGCACGGUUGUGGAUCGCGACCUCGCCAAAGCGCCAAUUGCGAUACCCCUUCAGAGCUUUUCGAAGACGGGGAUCACCCCUUCCAGAAUGAUCUCCAGGUCUAAGGAACUUUCCAUCCAAGUAAGCAAAUACAGCUCAACUGCCGUGGUACCGAUCAGCAAAAACACGUCACCGAAAGAGCCGAAGACCUUUGCUCUUGGGCGACCUAGGUUCAUGGGUUUCCUCUCCUCAUUGAAGUCAGAAAACAGUGUGACCUCCAUGAGUGCCAAUCCACGUUAUGAAUACCAGGCCAACGAACUCGACUCCGAGUGUAAACGUCUCAGAUCGCACCAGCAUUUGUCUGAAGCCUUAAUUCCAGGCAGGAAAGCCGUUGCGCUCAGACGAAUAACUUAUGCAACGGACAAGAGUGUUACGACCACUGCGGCGUUGGCCAGAUCCCUCACUUACCUUACUCGCUGUCUCAAAGACAUUCAUGUCGACUCUCAUCUCGCGGGGACUCAAGUCAGUGCAGAGUUGACCGCGGUACUUUCGGAGAGCAUCGCGCUCUACAAGUUAGCUUUCAAGGAGGACAAGGCAUGUAGGGUAGAUCUGGCAACGGCCUUGUACAAUCUGUCCGUGCUCCAGAGCGAACCCCCGAAACCCAAGUUUUCAGGCAAUUCAUCUUUAAAUCCGAAUGUCAUUCUUAAUAAUACUAUUCAGAGGUCAAGAAAUCUGACUUCUGCCUUGGCUGCUGCAGAAGAAGCUGUUCACCACUUUACCAUUCUGGAGAGGGAGGACCCUGAUGCAUUUGGCAUGGAUCUAGCAAAUGCUCUUGUAAACCUCUCAUUCAUUCUCUCUGACAAUGGGAGCCACGAGGAGGCUCUUUCCAUUUCGCGGAAGGCGGUAAUGCUUGCCUACAGGUUCAACUCCACUGAUCCUCACACCCACGAACGAGUGAGGAACAUCCGGACUCUGCAUAAAGCACUCACACGGGUGUCUUUUUGUUUGUAUAAUCUUGGCAGGAUUAGGGAAGCGCAGGAAGCGGAAAUGGAAGCCAAUGAUGUCCUGAAGAGACCGUUCUUCACCAUUGGAUCUUGAUGUCUGUUUCAGGUGAACGAUCUGUUUCGAAAUGGGUAUGUAGUUCAGUAAAAUUAUUAUUAGCUUAAUGUCCAAGAAAGAGGUACUGUAUCAUAUUUCAAUAGAGACUGGUUGUUUUGAUUAGCCAUCCUUCUCUUGUCUUAGUCAAUCCUCGAAAGAGUACAUCGGGACCAAGAAAGUCAACUCUACAUAUCCCCUCUGCCAAGCUCCUCGGUAACCCACCAUUCCGCAGACAGUAAGUGUCUACAAUCUGAUGCUUUUCAUCCCAGGUUAGAACAUCAUUGGAGUAAUCAGUUUCCUCAAU